AUGAAAGUCAUUUGUUUGGUCAUGCUAAUAUUGGCUUCUGUCGCGAGGUGCUAUUUGGAGCAGGAAAUGAGUGAGAAUAGAUUUCUGACUACAGUUCCUUUAAAGACAUUCUUCUUUAUGAGAAGGCUUUCUCCAUACAGCAGCAAGCUGGACAGGCCACUGCCAAUGGGAGCGCACAAAAGAAUUGAUUCCGAGGAGAAGUUUUCACCAUUCCAUUCUGUUUUUGUUAUAAGGAAGCAGAAGAGCCUUGGCGAGCCUAUUCACUCUCUUUCAGAGAGACUAGAGCACGGAAGAGCUGAAAGAAUGGAGUCAGCAGAGUCCUUUAUCAAAGACUUCUUGGUUUCGCACAUGCAGCAUCUGAACAGCUUUGAAAGGCCCAACCAGUUCAACACGGAGAAGAUAUAUAACGAUAUCUACAAUAAGAAGAACUAUCCAGGGCACAGACACAGCAAGAGACCUGCUCUGCCCAGCAAAGAAAUACUUGGAGACGAGAUUGAUGCCAUUAUUGCGAAUGCAGCAAAAGAAAUCACCCCAAAUCUAGAAGAAAAUGAGAACGAGAAUGCAUCAUUCAAAAAGAGCAUUAGAAGAACAAGAAGGGACGUUGGAAAGAAUCUCAAGAAUGCACGCAGCACCAUUGAAAAGAAAGUUAAGAUUAAUUGGCUUACCAUUCUUAUUUUCGUUAUAAUUGGAGUGAUUUCUGGAUUUGCAGGGUACUCACUUCGAGGAAGAACAUCAACUGAGCACUAUGUUCCAUUAGAAAAAUAG